AAAGACACUGUCCCACGUUUCUUUCUUACUUGGCAUCACUCUCCCCACUCUCUCUUUUUCUCUGUCUCUCUCCAUAAUCCUAAAUAAAAUUCCCAAUUUUUGUAAAAACCCAAUCAUUUCUCUUCACCUCGAGAUUCUCGCCGCUAAACAACUUCCAAUUCCCACCGCCGUCGCCGGAAACCGUCCGAAUCCGACCUUAAAAUAGAAUCUCCGGCAGAUACCUAAAAAAUUAUAUAGAGAAGAUCGCUGUCGAAAUGAGUAACGGAGAGCUACUUCAAAUCGAACCUAUUGAGCUUCAGUUUCCCUUCGAAUUGAAGAAGCAGAUCGCAUGCUCCUUGCAAUUGACCAACAAAUCCGAUAACUAUGUUGCCUUCAAGGUGAAGACGACGAAUCCAAAGAAGUACUGUGUAAGGCCUAACACUGGAAUUGUGAUGCCUCACUCUACCUGUGAUGUCACAGUUACAAUGCAAGCACAAAAAGAGGCACCACCAGACAUGCAAUGCAAGGAUAAGUUCCUGCUUCAAAGUGUCGUGGUAGGCCCUGGAACUACGCCUAAGGAUAUUACUCCAGAAAUGUUCAACAAGGAGUCAGGGAAUCAUGUUGACGAGUGCAAGUUGAGAGUAGCUUGUGUUCCACCUCAACCACCAUCACCUGUGCGGGAGGGUUCUGAGGAAGGUUCCUCACCUAGAGCUUCUAUAUCUGAAAAUGGAGCUGAGUUCCACAAUGCUUCAAGGACAUAUGCUGAGCCACAGGACAACUCAUCAGAGGUAGUUUUCAUU